CUGCGAGCGGCGAGAGACCGCACGCUCUGCUGCCGCCGCACUUGGCUUGGAGCUCCCCUCGCACGCGAGAGACGCCGCACAGACCGGACCUCGGAGCCGGACCAUGCAACCGCAGUUCACCUGCUGAACCUGUGCGCAACGUCCCAGCUCCGCACCUGCCGCAGCCGGCCUGCCCAUCCUCUUCUGGGUCGUGAAGCAGGAGGGGUGAAAGCGCUCCCCUCGCCGGUAACCCCCCUUCCUCGGGCUAACCCCCCACAACCUUCCUUUCUUCGGCUCUUUUGAAAAGAGCAACCUCCCUCCACACUACAACCAGGAUUCGUCCCGCCACAGGACCCCGCUUUCGACCUCGAGUUUGGUGAUUGAUUUGUCGUUUUGUGUGUGAAUGCCACCACUGCGUGUGUGUAGUUGUUUCUGCUGCCGCCGUUUCACACUUGUGUCGCGCUCUACUUGAGAGAAAGGAGAGAAAGUCCUGCGAUGCAUCGUCCCAUGCGCCGGGCAGCCGUGCCGGCGAACCCUGGUUCGGCCUGAGCCGAGUACUACUUCAACCAGCGUCGUCUGCUGUCGGUGUUGGUGGUGCGGCGUUCGAAUACGUCGGACGCGCCUUCUUAAAAAAAAAUAUUGGCUCUGUCUUCGUGCGGCAACCGACGGAACCGGCUGAAUAAUGAUCAUCUCCAAGGAUCUGUUCAUCCUCGGCGACGAGUACUUGACCAUGCCGAGACAGGACAAGUACACCGUGUGCUCGAACAGAAGGUUGGAGAGCUCUUCGAGCGGCGGCUGCCGGCUGGCGCAGGGUUCGAGCAGCGGCGCGGCCUGCGGGGGCGGCCAUGGUUCGUCCUCUGCGGCCGCGGUGCGGCCCGUCGAGCUCGCCUUCCGGGGCCUGAGCGUCUCCUGCGGCUCCAAGGCUCUGCUCCAGGACGUCUCCGGCCUGGUGCGACCCGGAGAGAUGCUCGCCGUCAUGGGACCCUCCGGUUCUGGGAAAACAACCCUUCUCAAUGCCCUGGCUGGCCGCAUCCGCAUGGACUCUGGCGUUGUACUCCUGAACAGCGAGCCACUCAACAAGCAGCUCCGCAGGCGUAUCUGUUAUGUCCUCCAGCAAGACAUAUUCUUCCCAGACCUUACACUCAGGCAGACACUCAAUUACACAGCACUACUGCGGCUUCCUGAAAGCAUGUCAUACCAUGAGAAGAUGGAGCACGUCAACCAAAUUAUCGACGUCCUGGACCUCUCUAGAUGUCAAGACACAAUAAUCGGUGACGUGAUGAAACGAGGCUUGUCCGGUGGCGAGAAGAAGCGUGCCAGCAUAGCUUGCGAACUGCUCACGAAUCCCACUGUCAUGCUCAUUGACGAACCCACCUCAGGUCUGGAUUCCAGCACAGCCCAUUCACUCAUGUCCACGUUGAAGGAGUACGCCCACCGAGAAAACAAGACUCUUGUCAUCACAGUUCAUCAACCCUCUAGCCAGAUAUUUUACAUGUUCGACAAGCUUCUAUUACUCUGCAACGGCCAGACAGCCUACUAUGGUGACAUCAAUAAAGUAGUUGACUUCUUCAGCAGCAUAGGUCUCCAAAUUCAGCAACACUUCAACCCGGCUGAUUUCAUCCUCGAACAAGUCAAGAGGUCACCGGAUAUCCAAGACAAAAUUAUCAUGAGUGCACAAGAACUAAAAAAACAUCCGGACUACCCGAAGCAGCUACUCGAGAAUGCCGAGGUCUACCCAAGUGCGGAGGACGUGGAGAGCCAGUGCAACUACAACGGGGCGGCGGCGAAUGUUGUCAAUUGCCCGCAGUGUCACAAGCAUGUGUGGAAAACCUUCCAGCACAAGCACGCCGAAGAGGACUCGUGUCACAAAGAGCUUCACGGGGACAACCAGCAGUACGUCUGGGCCGUGUCCGAAGAAGACAAGCCGGGCGCAGAGAAGUCCAAGCAAGUUGAAUUGCGAGUGAUGCUCGACCGAAAAAAGAUUCCCACAGUGUACAGCAAAAUAGCCAUCCGUGACGAUGAGGACUCUGGCCGCUCAUCGUGGUCCGAAGUUGGUAGCUCUGUGUUCAGCAGCCAGGACGACCUGGGUCACGAACAGAAGUGGCCAACAUCAUUCUGGACUCAAGUGUCGGUGUUGACGCGACGCAACUUCCUCGAAGCCAAGGGUCGCAUGCUGUCCAAGCUCAAUUGGGUUCAGACCAUUGGCCUGGGCAUUGUGUGUGGGCUCAUCUGGUUCCAAGUGGACCGUACCGAAGAUACUAUUGCUGACAUCAGGGGCUGGAUCUUCUUCAGCACAACAUACUGGAUGCUGUUUGCGUUGUUUGGCGCACUCAUAUCUUUUCCUCCCGAGCGCGAAGUGAUCAACAAGGAACGGGCGUCGGGUGCCUACCGCCUGUCUGCCUACUACCUGGCCAAAAUGAUAGGGGAGCUGCCCCUGACGCUGACACUGCCGUCUGCAUUCCACCUCAUUGCCUACCCCAUGCUGGGCUUUCACAGUGCGCAGACCUUCCUCAGCUUAUGGGGUUUCCGUCUAAGCACUGUAGUCUCGCAGAGUGUUGGGCUCUUCAUCGGUGCCACCUGCACCGACCUUCAAGUGUCUGUGACAGUGUCGGCACUGUACUCCCUCUCCACAAUGCUCUUCGGAGGCUACUAUGCCUCCUCGCUGCCACACUGGCUACGGUGGCUGCAGUACUUCUCUAUGGUGCACUAUGCCUUCCAGAACAUGCACAUAGUUGAGUUCAGCAAUGGACCAGAUGUCAGGUGCCUGUCGAGAAAUUCCCACUUCACGGCGUGCAACACAGGGGGGAGCGUCAUUCCCGUAGAGGACAUCAUAGGUGACCACGGGACGCCGCUGCCCAUUUGGGCCAACACCUUGGUACUCAUCAGCUUCCUCAUCUUCUUCCGCGCACUGGGAUACCUUGUGCUGCGUUACAUUCACAAACCCAAAUAGGACAGUCUUGGCUUAGUUAAAACCCAAGGAGGACAAGCUUUACGCCGUCGUCUCGACGGCAAGUGCAGUGCCGUCUUUUUUUGCACACAAGGACCAUAAGCCUUUCUAUUCAUUGCAAAAGCACAGGGAAUCGGAAGAGACGAGGAAAGCAAAAAAAAAAUAAAAAUUGCCCCCACGUCCUCGCAUUUCAUCGAGCGCCUGCAAGUCGCGCCGACUCUCGAGGACACUUCGACGUGCUCUCCUAAACGACCAACCAUGCAGCUAUUGAGAAGUCUUACUGGGAGCGAAGCUGCUACGCUGCCACCUUUACUCACGAAAGCCUUCAUGCCACGAUGCCUCUGCUGCACGGUCCCAAGUCAGCCUGACAUUCUUCCAAGUGUGUUCUUGUAAAAAGACUGCUUGAGGCGAGAGGCUGCAAAGAAGGCAAUGGUGCACAACGUCCGGCGUGCCAAAAAAAAAACUGACAUUUCCAGGAAUAGAUUUUUCCUGCAGGGGCAAACGUUUCUAAGCUUGCACGUUGAAGACAACUGCAAACCUGGUGCGCGGAGGAACUCUACGACACGACAGACCCUUCUGUGGACACUUGAAUGCUGUGCCAGUCUGUUGGUGUGGAUGCAUUGACUAUACUGUUUAGAGUGAUUGUUUGAUGAGUGUGAAAAAUUUAGGGGGUGACAAAGGAAAGAUGCGCGCACACGCCGUGCAGUCCUUCGUGGCAGCGUUGCCAGAGAGCAUCCCCAAGUGGUGCGGUGGAAACCGCUUUCAUCACGCAUGCAUACAUACGCAGCCACCUUACACCCAAAUGGGUAAAUGAGACGCCUCCCGGUGUUAGAACUUCCCGGUUACAGGAGUCUCACUUAUAUUUUCCGUAGCCUGUGUCUCUUUUCCUUUCCUUUGUGCUCCUAUAACUCUCCUGCUGAAAAGAGGGAGAGAUAGAUAAAUAGCCCUCACCUCUUCACUCUUUAUUUUGACCUCCCCUCUUGAGGCAGAACAAGAAGGAUCGCAUCUCUUGUCUCGCUGCUGAUUUCUGCUUCUUCUCUUCAUUUAUACCCUUUCUCCUUUGGCAGAAACGAAAACACUCGCGUUUUGUUUUGCACGCUGUGGUAUGGAUCUCACGACGGCAAACGCCAUGGCGCUAGCAGUGACAUACCAAAGAAAAAAUUGUGUAGCAGAUGCGCAAGUUAACUCCUCGCCCCCUCAUCCCUCCCCCUGCCGCAAACGGUGAGAAUGUAAAGAGAGAGAGAGAAAGCCAGCAAGUACUGCCAAAAUCUGCUGCUUGCUGCUUUGGGAACGCCUAAAUGCAGGUAGCUAGCAGCGACAACAAAAAUCACUUUGUACUAUAUAAUAUUGCCUCGCACUUUUGUGGGACUACUACUGGCGAGUGAGGUGGCCAUGUGAGAAGAAAGGAGAGUGUUCGGAUUUUCUCCUCGUGUCUGCCGCAAGGUGACACACAAAUACUCUCAUUAUUUUUGUAAGGCUGCUUUCUUUCCAGCGCCACUGGAAGGAGACCGAUGUGCUAAUUUAAAUGCAGUGUCUGUCGGCCUCUUUUGUGGACGUUGGAGUGUGCGUGAAUGUUUUCUUCUUCUUUACAAAACUGAAGACUGCCGACGCCCCUGUUGAGCGUUAAUCCUUUUCAACAACUUGUAAAGGGAUGCGGGCUUUUCGACGGUGCCACCUAGCUCGAGAGCCGUCAGCUGCCAAGCUCUGCUCCUCGACGUCUUUCUGCUGUUUGCCGAAAAGCGCCUUUUCUCGUAGCUGAGUACUCAUUGUGUGCAGGUUACUUGGAAUGCUUGCAAAUUCUUCCAACGCUGGUUUAGAGUCCAGAUGUCAUGCAUGCUGCGAGACCAGAGUUGCAACAUUUCGAGCGCCAUGGUUACUUCAUUGUCCGCCCAUGACUGCAAAAGUUGAAAAACAAGCUAUUGCUUCACCUUUUUAUACAAGGUAUCCAUACUGUACUGCCAGGCGUAGACACAAGAGACAUGCUUGAUGCAGCACUUCUUUGCGGACUCUGCAAAAAGUUGACAUAAAUAGCGAUUGGUUUCUCCCAAUGCAGUUGCACGUGUGCAAUUUCGUUCAGCUUCUGCCUUCGCAGUAAUGGGAUGCAUAGAAGUUUCUUUCAUUAGUUAUUAGCAUUGCUGCUGCGAUGAUUAAACUGUUCAGGGACAUGUUUUAGUGUUCCAUAAAAACUGUUCACCGUGUUCUGCAGUGCCAGAGCGGGUGCACUGCAAAUAACGCCGAUCGGAAUCGAUCUCUGCACACUUGGAAACCGCUUUUGGAAGCCAGACUUGUACCUUCAGCUUCGCUCAGUAUUCCAAAAGACCUGCACGCUGUGAGCAGCCAGGAAAAUGUUUGUUUACAUUUUUGCUGUGGCCCUAUUUGCACGAAGCACAUAGCCGAUUUUGACGACAUAAAGCUGGGUAGCGCAGUUGAACGUGCUAUAUACCGUAAACAUUAUACUGACACACUCGGUACGAUUGGGGUAUACCGUAAACCUAGUACAUUUAUCGUAUAUCUGGAACAUAUACAGUGCCAGGUUUACUGCCCCUUAUACCUACUAUGCUUCAAGAUACCGUAGAUAUAUUUACGGUAUAAUAUAAGCUUGGUAUCUUUACUUAUACCCUAUACCUAGUGUGUUUACAGUACCAGGCUUACUGUCCCAUAAACCUGUGUUUUCAUAUACGAUGUACGGUACGCAUGCAGUAUACUGUAAUCGUACCAGGUGUGUCGAGAGUGAAAAGACAUGCAGGUAUUUCGAUAUUUCAUUCCAGAGUGUGCGUGUUUGUACAUGACCGAGCUGUUGACGUUUUUCUCCCCGCAUUUUUUUCCCCCCGCCGUCCCAAGUCGCUUUGCAGCUUCGUGCAGUUGGCCAUUGUUGCAUAUGGUUGUUAUCUCAGAGUGAGGUUUCACACUGACCGCUGGUGUUCAAGCACUUGCAAGCGGCCGAGAGGAAAGAUGACGGGAAGCGAACAGAACUAGUUUCGUCUUUUCCUCUCCUUUGCUUACGAGUAUAUAAAAGAAAAAUGUUAUUGUAAGAGCUAGUUAAUAUAUUCAUACAAACAAACUCGUUCGUCGAUUCCAGUCCUCAGACAAGUUUCUCGAAGCAACUUGCACUCUUGACGCUGGCAGCCAGGAAAAAGAAUAACGAAAGAAAUCUGCACUCUCGCAGAACGAGAGACAAGCCUGUGGGUCUCCUCUCGUAUUUGUUGUUGUUUAGACCGUGGGAAUUCGCUUUUCCUGCACGCGACACUUGUUGCGUCCAAAAGGGCUCUUCCCAAGUCUCUAAAACUGUUUUCUUCAAACUGUGAUUCUCUUCCGUUUUGACUCUUCCUGCGAAGUGAACAAAUUUUUCUUGCCUCCCCACUUGUUGUCCCUCACUCACUCCAAAUUUAAAACUGACAACUGGUCUCUAAAAUUUCAGAAAAUUUAAGCACAGGCACGAACCCUGUGUUACACGGAGAAAAAAAAAAAACCACCUCCCUUGUUUUUUUUCUUGUUCUCCUGUCGCGGGCAUUACAUGGAACGAACUAUUGACAAAAGAUGCGUCCACCACAGGCGAUGCGGGUAAUGCGGACGCUUUUUAUCGAUGUUGCCUGCUGCAUUUUACGACUUGACCCGUCACGAAUUGCAUGGCCGAAUCUGGAGGUUUUCGACACUCGCUUCAAAGGCUGUUUGUUCAGAUUCCCUCCUCUUCCUCCUGGUUGCAUCUCGCCUUCCCCCUCCCCCACUCGUUCUGGAGUCCAACUGGAUGGCCUUCGAGUCGUGAAGUGCAUAACCGCAACUUAAUAAAUUAUUUUGGAGUUCACCUCCUGCCCUCCUUUUCUCCUUACAAGUUUGUAUUUAGGUUAUCUUUGAAGUGAUUCUCUCGAUACUUUUUGCCAUGUACCCUUGCCCCCACCCACCACCUACACCUUUCUCAUUCGCGUUUUUUUUUAACCCUUCAUAAGUCAGUAUUUCCUCUCUUGACCAAGUGUUUGUAAAUAUUUUCACCGAUUAUUAAUGUCCUUACGAAUUAAAUGUUUCAUCUAUUUUAUUACGCAA